CAGUACUUAAAUUCAACAAUAUACACAUACCAUCCAAAUUACGGCUUUGUCACUCCUUACCGUAUUGAUCAGCACAAUAAUCAAAAGAAGUUAAUAUCAAGCGCGACGUUUACGAAUGAGUACUCACCGAAAGUCUUUCACACGGUUGCACCAUAUUGGCCAUAUCCAGAUAUGUUUAUUCCGCAUAAAUAUAGGAAUAUCAUACCUAAAGAUCUGAUCUAUAACAAUAAAGGGAAUUUUAUCAUUCCAGGAUCAAGAGAAUGGUUUACUUAUAUGUAUAAUUUACAUCAAUCAGGUACUAUACCGAUACCUAUUCUUACGCGUCAAGUAACUCAAAGUGAAUAUUAUGCAGAACAAGAUCUUAUCACUACAAACCAACGCAAAAGGGAAGAGACCCAUGAAAGGAUCAAUAAAACUUUUGGAACAUCUUUUCCACGAUUCAUGGAUCAAUCUAGUGAAGUUAAUCGACUUGUUAACAAGUCUAAUGAGUUUGAUUAUAAUAUGAAAAAAUUCACGUCUGAUUUAUGA